UUUCCGGAGUAGGGAACGCAAUGCAAUGCAUAACAUAGGGCACCACAUAUAUAACAUAAUGAUUAGUUGAAAAGUGAGGGUUUUAAGGGUGUUUAUUGCAUUAUCAAGUAAAUAUCUGACAUCUCCGUGAGACCGCUGAGCAAAAAAAUACAUAUCUGAUUCUUUGUUAUUUGAGUGUCGAUCAAUGUCACUGUAAACACUUGAACUGUGCUGCCCUUCACGAUCUACAAACAACUGAAUCGAAGUCAUCAUUGAUUUGCAGAGCUAUCAAUUCAGCUUCUGUUGUCAGAUGAACCGUCUGUAAGGCUAUUGUCACCCACAGGGCAAGUGGUGUCACAGUUUAAGACAUACAGCCUUAACUCAGGAUGCAUCCGGACCUGUCACCCCAUCUGCAUACUGACGAGUGCAAUCAGUUUAUAACACUUCUCAAACAGUGCCACAAAGAGCAUAACGUCCUCAGGUUCUUUGGCACAUGUAAUGAUAUGGACCGUGCAAUGCGUGAUUGUCUCAAGAAAGAGUAUCACACAAAGAGGGAACGCAGCAAGGCCCAUGCUGAAGAAAUGAGACGCCGUUUAAAUGAACAACCAAAAGAGCUUCCCUAAUAUCAAGAUGGAUUCCUUGGAGUACAGUCCUAUGACCGACUGGAAAUAGCUUCUGGUAUUCUUAGUGUGCCUAGACGCUUUAAAUCCGGAAGACUUUUCUCUGAGGAUAUGUAGAUUAAAUAAAAUAAAUGUAUUUAUUAUACACCUUGCAGUUAAUGAGGCAACAGAGCGAUUUAAUGGUUUAAUUACAGGUGGCUAGUUUGAUUUGUGAAUUUACAGCUCCUACUUAAAAUUUGAGCUGUAUGUUCCAAAAAUGUGGCCUACUUAUCUGGAAAGUGGGUCUGAAAUUAUGUCAAAAUUGUGAUUUAAAUUCCAAUUAAAAAGUUACAUUUUUU